CUUGUGUAUCAAAUUUGUGCGGAACCUCGUAAAUAUUUUAAUGUAUUAUUACUCAAACCAUUAAUAACAUAUUUAUAAUAAAAACAAAUAAUGUACAGUAAUACUACCAUCAUACAUCAUCAAUUAGAAAGUUCUCCGGUAAAAGAUACAAAUGGUGUUUUACGAGAUAAAAAUUGCUCUUUGCAAUGUACAAAUAUGGGAUACUUGAAAAUUUUGCCAUUAUUGCCAGUUAAUACGGGCACGAUACAAAGUAAUACAUCCUCGAGGCUUAUAAGUUUAGAAAACGAGUUUAGAGACAAAGUGGCACACGAAGAGGAUGGUCAUAAAGGACUAAUUCUCAAUGAUUGCAAUAGUUUACGAAAAAGUAUAGAUAAUCAAAGUGAAGAUACAGCAUUUGAAGAUGCUGUUGCAGAAUUAAAAGAGAUUAUUUCCAAUUCACGAUAUUUAUCUUAUGUUUUUCCCAUUGGGAUAGAUUAUAUUGAUGAUGAACGAAGAGUGAUAACGACUUCUCCCAUAUUAAGAGCUCCAAAUCCAAUUCCUUUUAAUAAACCAUUUAUGAAUAAUAAUUACGAUAAAAUGAUACAUUUUCUUCCUCGAUCAAAUUCUGAAUAUUAUGACAUUUAAAGAUAGUGUGUUAAAACGGAUCGAUUUUCGUUCUAACCAUUAAAUUUUUUUUUUUUGCUUUUUGUUGCUAGAACCUUCAUUUAUAGUGUAAAUAUCGUACAUAUUUUAAUUUUUCUACUUUUAACACUUAGAUAUAUUACUAAUUUUGCUAGACAUUUAUAAUUUUUUUUUAUUGUAUAAUAGAUACAGUAUAUCUGUAUAUGUAUAAAG